CUGGCUGAGGAGACCCUGCAGGACUGUUUUGAUUGUACAGACUGGGACGCUCUCUGUCUGCCCCACGGAGAUGACAUCAACAGCAUGACUGACUACAUCACAGAUUACAUAAAGUUCUGCGAAGACACUAUCAUGCCCUCAAAAACUGUUAGCUGUUACCCCAACAACAAGCCGUGGAUUACAAGUGACCUAAAGGCCCUGCUGAACGAGAAAAAGAGGGCCUACAGGUAUGGAGACCGAGAGUGGCUGAAGAGGGUCCAGCACCAGCUGAGAGACAGGCUGAGAGAAUGUAAGAACACCUACAAGGGAAAGUUGGAGGCAAAACUCCAACAAAACAACAUGAGAGAGGUGUGGUCUGGUAUGAAGACGAUCACAGGAUGUGGGGGGAGAAGAAGACUGUGUGAGGGAGAAAAAGAAAGAGCUAACGACCUGAACAUCUUCUUCAAUAGGUUUAGCUUCCCAUCUGCCCAGGUCAAUACCACCCCUCCUCCAGCAUCGUCAAAAACCACUACACCUUAUUCUACUCCCACCCCCUCUCAACCCCCUCUUUCCUCAUCAACACUGGAUCAGAGUGAAGCCAAGCCCCACCUUGCACCUACCCUGCCCCCCUCAGUGACUGUGACGACCUGCCAGGUAAGGAGACAGCUGGAAAGGAUUAACCAACGCAAGGCUCCUGGCCCAGACGGUAUCAGCCCCAGGAUCCUGAGGAUGUGUGCCGCCCAGCUAUCCUCUGUUUUCCAGCGCCUCUUCAACCUGAGCCUUAGUCUGGAGAGGGUUCCAGUCCUCUGGAAAACUGCAUGUCUGGUUCCUGUCCCCAAGAAGACAGUUCCAUCUGGCCCAAAUGAUUACCGUCCUGUUGCCAUCACGUCUCACGCAGCCAAGGUGCUGGAGAGGAUUCUGCUGGCCCACCUGGGACCGCUGGUGAAACCAUCUCUGGACCCCCUCCAGUUUGCUUACCAGCCACGCCUGGGGGUGGAUGACGCUGUCAUUUAUCUGCUGCAGCUCACUCACUCACCUGGAUGGUGGAGGAGACACUGUGAGGAUCACAUUCUUUGAUUUCUCCAGUGCCUUCAACACCAUCCAGUCCUGCAUACUGAGUGAGAAGCUGCGGCGGAUGGGUGUCAGCGGGUCCUUGGUCUCCUGGAUCACCGACUACUUGUCAGACAGGCCACAGUUUGUCUGGCUAGGAAGUGUCAUGUCCGAUGUGGUGGUCAGUAGUGUUGGAGCCCCACAAGGCACCGUUCUCUCACCCUUCCUGUUCACUUUGUACACCAGUGACUUCCAGUAUAACUCAGAGACAUGUCAUCUUCAGAGGUUCUCUGA